AUGGCUCAAAUUGUGAGACAGAGUAAAUUUCGGCAUGUAUUCUGUAAACCAGUCAAACAUGAAAGUUGUAUGUCUGAUAUUAGGGUAACAGAAAUCACUUGGGACUCUCUGUUCUGCGAUGUCAAUCCCAAAUUCAUCGCAUUCAUCAAUCGCGGUGCCGGUGGUCCAUUCAUGGUUAUUCCAGUCAAUAAGAUUGGCCGUAUUGACAAGGACUACCCAUUUGUUGAUGCUCACAAAGCGCCGUGCCUUGAAGUUGCAUGGAGUCCUUUCAAUGACAAUGUGAUUGCGUCGUGUUCCGAAGAUACAACUUGUAAAGUCUGGGUGAUUCCGGAUCGAGGAUUGAGCAGAAAUCUCUCGGAGCCAGCUGUUGAGUUGACCGGACAUCAGAAGAGAGUUAACACCAUUGCAUGGCAUCCGGUCGCCAAUAAUGUUCUUCUUACUGCUGGCGGUGAGAAUGUGAUGUUCAUGUGGAAUGUUGGAACUGGAGAAGCUCUUCUCGAAAUCUCCGGUCAUCCAGAUCAAAUUUGGAGCAUUAAUUUCAAUUACGAUGGAAGUCAAUUCGUAACCACUUGCAAAGACAAGAAGAUCCGUAUCCUCGAUUCCCAUACCGGAGAAGUUCUUCACGAAGGAACCGGACACGAAGGUGUCAAACCACAGAGAGCGAUUUUCGUGAAAGACGGUCUUAUCAUGACCACUGGAUUCACAAAAAGAUCUGAAAGACUUUAUGCUCUUCGUGCUCCAGAAGACCUUUCCACUCCGAUUGUUGAAGAAGAACUGGACACUUCCAACGGAGUACUCUUCCCAUUUUAUGAUGAAGAUUCUGGACUUGUUUAUUUGAUUGGAAAAGGAGAUUGUGCCAUUCGAUAUUACGAAGUGAAUAACGAGGCUCCAUUCGUUCAUUACAUCAAUACCUAUACCACAAAUGAACCACAGAGAGCCAUCGGAUUCCAGUCGAAACGUGGAAUGUCUUCUGAAGAGAAUGAAAUCAACAGAAUCUAUAAAUUGACCACUAAAGGAGUUGUAGACAUUCUUCAGUUCUUUGUUCCGAGAAAGUCUGAUUUGUUUCAGCACGAUCUCUACCCGGAUACCAGAUCAACAAUUCCAGCUCUCACUGCCGAAGAGUUUAUGGAAGGAAAGAAUGCCGCUCCAAACCGUCAACCAGUAAAUGCCGCAGCUGCUGCUGCAGCAGCGAAGCCAAAAGUUCAAGUUGCCAAGAAAGCGAACAUCUUGAGCACAUUGGCUCCAACUGCUGCCGAAUCCGCCCCAACCCAAUCUUAUGCCGAACGACCACCAUCAUCCCAACAAUCAUCUCCACGUCCAUCCGCAUCUCCAAGACCUCGUCCUGUCGUUGACGAAGAUAUGGGAAUUGUCCCAAUGAGAGAAGCACCACCAAGUCGGCCAACAUCCUCAAGAGCAUCUCGAACCGAGAUUCCACCAAAAGAAGAAAAAGGACCAGAUCCAAUGAAACCAAAACAAGCGGUAACCCUAAAAUCGCGAGCUGCUCGUGAUGAGCCUGGAGGUGGCGGUCAGACUCCUGGACAAAAAAGAGCCGCUGCUGAAUUGGAGAGAAUCAAAAGAGAUCAAUCGAGGACUGCCGAAGAGGAUACGCUUGCUCCACCACCACAGGCAGCUAGAGCUUCUGCAUCGCCACGUGGCAGUGUUUCGUCGGAACACGUUCCUCAAAAUAUGGACGAGCUUCUCGAUGAUCUGAUGAAAAUGAAAGCGGUCCUUCGCCAACACGAACGUCGUAUCCGAAUGCUCGAAGAGGAAAUCGCUGAUCGCAACAUGAGCAAUGCAUACUCCUUCUAA